CGGCGCUUUUGAUCUUCAAACACAAAAGCAUUCCCGCCUGCCGGUAUGCCAAUAACCUUAAAAGGUUAUUCCGUCGCAGUAAACAAAAUAAAUAUCGUUCGUCGAAUGUAAAAUUAAGAAGUGACAAACUGAAUCGAUUAUUUCCACGAAAUCUAUAUCGUGUUCUCUUCUGCAUAAUGGGUAAGAGGAAGGCCACGGGCAAUGCAAACAAUCCAAAUCAGGACCUGUGUGAUUUUUUGAUGGAACUGGCAGAUUAUGAACGUAAUGUCAGUAAGAAUAUUUACAAAUACAAUGCAUAUCGCAAAGCAGCUGGAACAUUAAGUGCUUUGACGGAGAGAGUUAAGAGUGGAGAAGAGGCGAAAAAGUUACCUGGAAUAGGAGUAAAAAUCGCAAAGAAGCUAGAUGAAUUUCUUCAGACUGGAAAACUGCAAAAGCUGGAAGAUAUCAAGAAGGAUGAUACUAAUGUUGCCAUUAGUCUAUUAGCCCGGGUAUCUGGAAUAGGUCCUGCCAAGGCAAAGGAAUUAGUGGAAGCUGGUAUCAAGACUUUGGAAGACCUUAAGAAGCAUCAAGAUAAGCUUACACAUCAUCAGAAACUGGGAUUGAAGUAUUUUGAUGACUUUGAGAAGAAAAUACCAAGAGCAGAAAUUGUACAAAUAGAGAAGAUAUUGAAAAACGCCAUCAAGGAGCUAAAUAGUGCUUAUCUCGUAACUAUCUGUGGGAGUUACAGACGUAACAAAGAGGAAAGUGGAGAUAUCGAUGUUCUUGUAACUCAUCCUAAUUAUAUAUCAAAAGCAAAAGAUGAAAAAAAGAAGGCCAUAUCAUUGAAAAUAAUUGUUGAGUGUCUUGAAAAGAAAAAACUGAUUACAGAUACAAUAUCUCUUGGCUCUACUAAAUUUAUGGGAGUAUGUCAGUUACCAGAAGAUAAAAGCAAGCCUUUCAGACGAUUAGAUAUACGUCUUACAUUUCACGAUCAAUAUUAUUGCGCCAUACUUUAUUUCACAGGAAGUGAUCUGUUCAACAAGAACAUGAGAGCUCAUGCAUUGGAAAAGAAAUAUACUUUGAAUGAAUACGCACUAAAGCGUCUUACAAUCGAAGGUCGUCCAGGAGAAGCUGAAAAAAUUACAUCUGAAAAAGAUGUUUUCAAAUUCCUAGGUUUACCCUAUAAAGAUCCAAAAGACAGAAAUAUAUAA